UUUUCUCAGGUGAGGGAGAAGAAGACAAUAAAUAAAGGGAGGGUUUAAGGUUGAGCAGGUUUAUGCACCUGCUAUGACGUGCUUUUCCACUCCAGCCAGUUAACCAAUACUCCGAGGCAGCAAAUCCAGGAAUCGCGCAGAGAGUUUCCCUUCUUGUUAUGAUGCAGACGGGCGAAGAGGCGAAGGAUUAAUGUUUUUCAGAAAGAGAUUUCAGUGAACCUUCAAGGCCUCAAGCUCUUUUCCACCGAAGAAGUGAACUUCAGCGUCGAGCUGCGGCUGCUGUCUGUCUGCGGGGAGGGAUUCGGUCGCUGGGAUGACUCCGUCCUUCCACCUCACCGGCUCCGCAUAAAAACCUAAAAAAAAAAAAUUAAAAAAAAAACGCCAAGGAAUGCUUAUAUUGAACAACAUGUAUUUCUCGACAAGGGUGGAAGGAAAAGCACCAUCAUUGGAGCUACACACGUGUGCUUUGGCCUAAUGAAACGUUUCCCAAUUAGACCCGGCUGCAGUGAUCUAGAUGUGCCACAAUCACACUUAAAACUACAAAUCCCUGCAGGAUUGGGAUAUCAUGAGAAUUUAAAGAAGCUGCAGAAUUUAGAAAACAGAGUCAGCACAAGAUCCACUGCAAGUCAUGCACAACCCUGCUCCAGAAGCUGUGGCAGCCUAUCCGGGUGGAAGUGGGGUGGACAAGGAUGCCAACCCAGAGACAACCUUGGGGAGCGCCUACUCUCCGGUGGACUACAUGAGCAUCACCAGCUUCCCCCGGCUGCCGGAGGAUGAUGUGACGUCUGGAGAAAACACCCUGAAGUCCCGCAAAGAAGAUGACAACGUCCUGAGCGAGCAAGACACAGACCCAGAUCUGUUUCUGAAGUCGGCUCGCCUGCAGCGUCUCCCGUCCUCGGCCUCAGACUUGGCCGGCCACGAUGUCGCCUCGCUGCGGGAGACCACUGUCGACCCUUUCACAGAGGAGUGCGCCUGUCAGCGGGACGGGCUGACGGUCAUAAUCACGGCCUGUCUCACCUUCGCUACUGGGGUCACUGUUGCCCUCAUCAUGCAGAUCUACUUUGGCGAUCCGCAGGUCUUUAACCAGGGAGCGGUGGUGACAGAUGUAGCUCAGUGUACAUCUCUGGGGUUUGAGGUUUUGGGGAAGCAGGGGUCCAGUGUGGAUGCUGCCAUCGCUGCUGCUCUCUGUUUGGGAAUUGUACACCCUCACACCUCUGGCAUUGGGGGUGGUGGCGUUAUGUUGGUGCACAACAUUCGUAAGAAUGAGACAAGAGUGAUUGACUUCAGAGAGACGGCGCCAUCUGCCAUUCAGGAGGACAUGCUGCUCUCAAACCUUGACCUUAAAUCAGGGUUGCUAGUGGGAGUUCCAGGGAUGCUCAGUGGGAUGCAUCAGGCUCACCAGCUCUAUGGCAGGAUACCAUGGAAGGAUGUUGUUUCCAUGGCAGCAGAUGUAGCCAGAAAUGGAUUCAACGUUACUCACGAUCUGGCUGAAGCUGUGAAUAAAGUGAAGAAUAAGAGCGUGUCGGAUGCAUUUCGGGAUUUGUUCCUCCCCAACGGUCAGGCUCCAGUUUCCGGACAGUUCACCCGACGCCUUGAUUUAGCAGACAUUUUGGACGCGGUUGCAGACAAAGGAAUAUCAGAGUUCUACACUGGGAAGCUGGCACAGGAAAUGGUGGCUGCAGUGAAGGCAAAAGAUGGCGUGCUGAUGGAGAAAGACUUUGGAGACUACAGCACUGUCAUACAACAGCCAGUGGAAAUCACCUAUCAAGGACAUCAUAUCAUGGCCGCCCCGGCCCCACAUGCAGGUGUUGGAUUGAUCACUGCACUCAAUAUUCUUGAAGGCUACAAUAUUACGAACCAAGUGCCCAGAAGUAGCACCUACCACUGGAUUGCAGAGGCUGUGAAGAUAGCAUUGGCCCUUUCUAGUGGACUGGGAGACCCUAUGUUUAACGAUUCUGUCUCAGAAAUUGUUGAUAAGAUGCUGAGUAAACCAGAGGCUUCCCAGCUCCGAAAGAUGAUCAACGACUCCCAAGCUUUCUCUGUCAACCAUUACACUUCAUCAUUUCCAAUGAAGGACGGCGCAGCAGCUGCACAGGUCAUGGUUAUGGGCCCAGAUGACCACAUUGUGUCAGUCGUCAGCUCACUAAAUAAACCAUUCGGCAGUAGGAUAGUGACUUCGUCAGGUAUUCUUCUAAAUAGCCAGAUCCUGGACUUUUCGUGGCCUAAUGAAACACUGAGCUCAUCACCUAACCCUCAUAACCUCAUUGAGGCUAGAAAAAGACCCAUGUCCUUCCUGAUGCCCACAGUGGUGAGGCCAGCCGUGGGAUUAUGCGGCACAUAUGUGGCCGUUGGAUCUUCCAACGGAGAGAAGGCCCUCAGCGGCAUCACACAGGUACUUAUGAAUGUUCUCUCUUUGCGCAAAAAUAUGAGUGACAGUUUAGCGUAUGGCAGACUCCACCCACAGCUGGAGGACAACAUACUCCUGGUGGACGCUGAGUUUUUAAAGGACGAUGUGGAGCUGCUGGAGGCAAAAGGGCACAAUGUCGAAUGGAGGGACGUUCUUUCGUUGGUGGAGGGAACACGGAGAACCAAUGAUCUCAUCACCGGGGUGAAAGAUCCCCGCAGUGCUGAUGCCUCCGCCCUCACUAUGUCCAACAUGCCUUAGUGCAUUACUUCUUCCUUACUGCAACAGUAAGAGAAGUGGUUUUUAAUGACGAAGAAAGGAGGCUGCUUAAUAAAUAAAACAACAAGCUAAUCCGAUCUGCAAUCAUCUAACAGCAGAAACACAUGCAGGUUUCCCUGAACUAACAUGGUACAAAUCUGACCCUCUUUUAGAAUAUUAAAUUGGAAUCCACUUUAAUGUUGAAAGUAGUGCACCUCCUCUCAAAACCUCAAGGACCGUCCUAGCACAGUGUACCCUCUUGUAAAAGUACACACCCAUCCCAGAAAUGGCUUAAAAGUCAGCUGCUUGUAUUAUACACAGUAAUGUAAAGUUUAUUAUUGAAUCAAAGUGAAACAGAAGCAUGAGCGGUUGGUGAAGUUAUUUGUCCGAAGGUGGCGAAAUGGGAACAAUUUUUUUUUUUACUAUUUUAGUUCCCGAGUUUUGCACUAGAAAUGGCUUUCAGGAAUUAUGAGUGAAAUUCCUUCAGAAAAUAAUCAGUCUUUUGCAAGGAUUCGUUGGAAAAAUGAAGGGGUAUGCCAGACCAAAAAGUCAACAUUUAUAACAUAUUUGAAUCACCUUCGCUUACUUUGUGAUUGCACAUAACCACCUAGAGCUUAGUGGAAACGUUUACACCUGUUACAAAUCCUUGCUACAUCUCACCUGAGAAGGAGUGUCUCAGACUAAACUAACAACCUCCCCUCCUCUUUCUGUGGCAUGUAACUGUGAUUCGAUGUUACUUGGUGAAGCUGCUGGAACUGGAACUGUUGCGUUGAUUUUUUGGGACCAUGCUACAGACUAGAGUGCAUCCGGAAAGUAUUCAGAUAACUUCACUUUCUCUACUAUUUCUUAUGUUACAUCCUUAUUCCAAAAUUGUGUCAAUUUAAUCUCUUUGCUCAAAAACCUACACACACCCCAUUAUGGUAGUGUGUUUCCAAAUUUAUGACCAGCAAAUUCUUGGUUUUCUAAUUUUUAAACAGAAAUAGAAAACCAAGAAAUCACAUUUCCAAAAGUAUUCACAGCAUUUGCUUAAUACUUUGUUGAUUCCCUUUUGGCAGUGAUGACAGCCUAAAAUCAGUAUCUGCCUAUCUUUAGGCAAUUCAGCUCAUUCUUUGCAGUUCUUCUCAAGCUCCAUUAUGUUGGAUGGGAGACGUCUGUGCAGCCAUUUUCAGAUCUCUGCAGAAAUGUUCAGUCUGAUUCAAGUCUGGACUCAGACAAUUCUUAUUUUUUGGUUUUCUUUUGUUUUUUUUAAUGCAAAACUCUCUAAAACGUUUUUCUACAUUGUCAUAAUGGAGUAUUUGCAUGUAGAAUUUUGAGGAAAGACAUACAUUUAAAACAAUUUGGAAUAAGGCUGUAACACAAUAAGAUGUGGAAAAAGUGAAGUGCUGUGAAUACUGUACGGAUGCACUGACACUGAUAAGUUGUUACAUACAAUUUUAGACUAACUUCUGCUCUUUUCUCUUCUUAUCAAGAUAUUUUUAUUAAGUUCCACAGGUCUUAGAUAUCAGUAAGUGUUUGAUGAGUGCAAUUAAACUAAUCCUGUAGACACUGAAUAUUUUAAUUUUCUUAAUUUGAAGGUUAUGUGGCUGGAUUAUCUCUAAAUAAUUUAAUGUGAUUUCUGUUUUUAAGUUAAUGUUUAUUUGACUGUAUACAUUAUUAUCAUUUAUAUAGUUUUAAUAACACAUACCAAUCAGUGCAUCUUAUUUGUGUACCGGUGCAAUUGUAUUAGAUUGUAUUUAAGGUAUGAGCAAAAUGUUUUUGCAUACUUUAUCACUGAAAUAUAAAUGCCAAUCUCAACUAGUUGGAUCAGU